CCUCCUCUACAAGGCUCGAGCUACAGAACCACCAGAAACUGACUGGGUUUCCACUGCAGCGCUGAUAAUGAACCCAUUAUCAGACCUCAAAAUGAAUUACCUAAACCUGUUCUAUUUUUAUUUAUAACUUCUUCUGAUUGCGCCCGAUCUCAUCCCCUGAUAAGGCCACCAUGAGCAGGCUGUGUGUGUCUGCUGUCCGCUUCCAGUGCCCACAAAGUGCGCAGAUGCUUCUAUCAGGGGAGCUAACGCUAGCUGUGCACGGCUAGCUGUUCGUGGCUGACCUGCCUGCAUCAUUUAAGGAAGCCCUUAAACCAGCAAAGCACAAUGAAUCUCUUCCGUCUAAUAUGUCGCCAUAAGACGGCUCUGGUCAUCGGUACUGUAUGCAGCUUUGCAGUAGUUCUUGUCUUCUUGGCCAAAUGUACAUCAGAAACCCUGAAGCAGGGUCACCUGGACCCUCCGGGCUUCCCUCUCCACACUAAAUCUCUGCAGUUCCAUUCAGAUCACCAGAGCCCUGCCUCCACUUCUAAAGACUUGUCAGCGUUUCUAGUUGUCCUCAUCACGACAGGACCCAAGUACACAGAGCGGAGGAGCAUCAUCCGCAGCACUUGGCUUUCCAAGCGGGAUCCGGAUGUUCUCGCCAUGUUUGUGGUCGGGACUCACGGCCUUUCCAGUGAAGACCUUCAGAAUCUGAACACAGAGCAAGGACGCCACAAAGAUCUGCUUCUACUGCCUGAUCUUCGGGAUUCCUACGAGAACUUGACACUAAAGCUGCUGCACAUGUACUCCUGGCUAGACAAGAGCGUUGACUUUAAGUUUGUCUUCAAAGCUGAUGAUGAUACGUUUGCUCGCUUGGAUCUGCUUAAAGAGGAGCUAAAGGGGAAGGAGGCGAGCCGGUUGUACUGGGGCUUCUUUUCCGGGAGAGGCCGGGUGAAAUCAGCUGGGAAGUGGCGCGAAAGCUCGUGGGAGCUCUGCGAUUACUACCUGCCCUACGCCUUGGGUGGAGGCUACGUUCUCUCCGCGGACCUGGUGCGCUACGUGCAUCUCAACGUAGGCUACCUCAAGACGUGGCAAAGCGAGGACGUGUCACUGGGCGCCUGGCUGGCACCGGUGGAUGUUCGGCGGAUGCACGACCCGCGCUUUGACACAGAGUACAAGUCGCGAGGCUGCAACAACAAGUACCUGGUGACACACAAGCAGAGCUUGGAGGACAUGCUGGAGAAACACCAAACUCUGCAGCGGGACGGAAGGCUCUGCAAAGAGGAGGUCAAGCUGCGGUUGUCCUACAUUUAUGACUGGAGUGUGCCGCCGUCGCAGUGCUGCCAAAGAAAAGAUGGGAUCCCAUAGUUUCUGUCCUUUUCACGAAUUAGAACUGAGAUGUCUUAUUAGAAAUAUUUUACUACAAAGCGAGGACCUUUUUUUUUUUUUUUCUGUGUGGACAACUUUAAGAUUGUGCAACUAUUAUUUGAUGUCCAACAUAAAAAAAAAUUGGAACAUUGAAACUUUUAAAACCAUUGUUGUAUCUGUGGAAAGAGAAUAGUGCACUUUUUCUUUCCACCAAACCGGAUUCAGUGUUCAGCUGAUGCUCUAUUUGUGCUCAGCACCUCUUGCUCUAAAGCAUACAGUGGUGCCAUCUCACCAGCUUUUCGCUAAAUGAGACGAAGGAAGUGCUCCAAUCAGGAGCUAGCUGUUACCUUUGGAAAGAAACCUGCAACAUUUUGGGAACCACAUGUUUAAAUCUCCAUUUUAUUUGUUUUAUGGCA